CCCGCGGCUCUCGCGCUCCCGCUCCCGUUGUCGCCCGCACACACCCGCGCACACACCGGCAGGCACACACACACUCGCACGCCCGCACACGCACGCCCGCUGGCCCGGCCACCCCGGAGCGAGGUACCGAGGCGGGAAGCCGGCGGGCAGAACGCGCCCAGAGCCGGAGCCCGCGCCCACCUCGGCGCCUUUGCGCUCCGCAGCGGCGCGCCUCGCCCGGCCUCCCGCCAGUCCUGCCGGAAGAUGGUCAACGACCGGUGGAAGACCAUGGGCGGCGCUUCCCAACUUGAGGACCGGCCGCGCGACAAGCCGCAGCGGCCAAGCUGUGGCUACGUGCUGUGCACCGUGCUACUGUCCCUGGCCGUGCUGCUGGCUGUGGCUGUCACCGGCGCCGUGCUCUUCCUGAACCACGCCCACGCGCCUGGCACGGCGCCCCCGCCCAUCGUCAGCACUGGGCCGGCCGGUGCCAACAGCGCCCUGGUCACCGUGGACAGGGCCGACAGCUCACGCCUCAGCAUCCUCAUCGACCCGCGCUGCCCAGACCUCACCGACGGCUUCGCCCGCCUGGAGGGCGCCCAGGCCUCCGUGCUGCAGGCACUGAGCCAGCGCCAGGCUGAGCCUCGGCUGGUGGGCGAACAAGAGCAGGAGCUGCUGGACACCCUGGCUGACCAGCUCCCCCGGCUGCUGGCCCGGGCCUCGGAGCUGCAGACAGAGUGUGCGGGGCUGCGGAAGGGGCACAGCACGCUGGGCCAGGGGCUCAGUUCCCUGCAGAGCGAGCAGGGCCGCCUCAUCCAGCUGCUCUCUGAGAGCCAAGGCCACAUGGUUCACCUGGUGAACUCCGUCAGUGAUGUCCUGGACGCUCUGCAGAGGGACCGGGGGCUGGGCCGGCCCCACGUCAAGGCUGAUCUUCAGAGGGCACCUGCCAGGGGGUCGAGACCCCGGGGCUGUGCCAAUGGCUCCCGGCCCCGAGACUGUCUGGACGUCCUCCUGAGCGGCCAGCAGGAGGACGGUGUUUACUCCGUCUUCCCCACACACGACCCCGCCGGCUUCCAGGUCUACUGCGACAUGAGCACCGACGGCGGCGGCUGGACGGUGUUCCAGCGCCGGGAGGACGGCUCCGUGAACUUCUUCCGAGGCUGGGAGGCGUACCGGGACGGCUUCGGCAAGCUCACGGGGGAGCACUGGCUAGGUCUCAAGAGGCUCCAUGCCCUGACCACACAGGCGGCCUAUGAGCUGCACGUGGAUCUGGAGGACUUUGACAAUGGCACAGCCUACGCCCACUACAGGAGCUUUGGUGUGGGUUUGUUCUCCGUGGACCCUGAGGAAGACGGGUACCCGCUCACCGUGGCCGACUACUCGGGCACUGCAGGGGACUCCCUUCUGAAGCACAGUGGCAUGAGGUUCACUACCAAGGACCGCGACAGUGACCAUUCGGAGAACAACUGCGCCGCCUUCUACCGUGGGGCCUGGUGGUACCGCAACUGCCACACAUCCAACCUCAACGGGCAGUACCUGCGCGGUGCGCACGCCUCUUACGCCGACGGCGUCGAGUGGUCCUCCUGGACUGGCUGGCAGUACUCGCUCAAGUUCUCCGAGAUGAAGAUCCGGCCGGUCCGUGAGGACCGCUAGACGGCGCCCCGUCUGGCCCCGCCCACAGCCCCGCCCCUCACCGUCAGUCCCCUGCCACCCCCACCCGCCGUCCCCCAUGCCCACCUCCAAUUCCGCUUCUGCUCAGAUGCCCGCCUGCCGGCACAGGACUGACCCUCUCUGGCGAUGGGGUGGGUCCAGACAACCCCUGCACCAAGCACCCCCUGAACAAGUGAGGCCGCCCAUCACCGUCACUCUGUCCAGCCCCCGUGCCUCUGCUGAUGGGCGGCAGGGCAGUUCUGACCACCCCAAAUUCUACCUGCCCAGUCUUUGGCUCCUGGGCUGUGUUUACCCUCCCUGGGCCACGAGCCUGCCAUGUGCCCCUGGCAGCCCCUCUGCUCUGCCAGUCCAAACACCUGGAGCAACGGGCACACAGAGGAGAGGCACAUGGCACCCCUGGAGCCCUUUAGCAGACCUUUCUGAGUCGGGCCUGAGCCGCCAACCCCCUCUAACGCCGGGAGGUCCCACCCCUCUUCCAGGGACUGUGGACGGGCUGGUGCUCAGGCCUGCCCGUGGCCAGGACCUGGGUGGUCCCAUCCUACCACGCCCCUAGGUCAGGCUGGGGUGCAGCUGCCUUCGGGAACUCACACCCCGAGGUGACCGAGACCAGUUCCCUGGAGCCCUUCCUACCCAUCCACCCGUGUCUCUGCAGGUCCGGGAGGUCCCCAGUCCCCUUGGCUGCAACACCCUGCCUCCCGCCUUCUCAGGGCAGCUGGAGACCCACCCCACCCCCUUCUCCAGCCUGUGGGAAGUCCGGGCAGGUCCUGCACCCUUGGUCUGGGCUGGGCCCAUGCAGACCUCUUGGUUUUCUGGGCUUCGGUGGGGCCUGUACCACCCCCUACUCCGGGAUCCUGGGCACUCCUAGGGGCUGGCCCAGAGGAGCUAGAGGCUGUUGGCUCGGAAACUGCUGUCUCAUGGGGAGGCCGCCCCCUGCUGGUGAUUGUGGGUGUUGCCGCCUCGGGUCACUGGGCAAAUGGGGGAGACGGAGGCCCCCCCUGGGAACUCAGAGACAUCUUCCACUGAGCCCUCUCAAUGCCCAGUGUCCUAUGACUGCACUCCCCCCAGCCCCGCAAGGACCAUGGGUUCCCAAGGUCAGUGCCAGGAAGGGCAGGACUGGGACUCCAGCCUUCAACCCCUGCCCAACAGCCUUGGGGCUCUUUUUCCAAAUUCCCGCCUGUCGGGACCUGAGGGGGCCAUUUAGAGGGCCAGGAAGUCAACCUGCAGAGCUGCUCAGAGAGUGGGCAGUCCAGCGAAACCCCUCCUCAGGCAGGGGUGGUUCCUUUUUAGGGCACUUGAAGGCAGUUCUCAAGGCACUUCAGCUCUCCCUACCCCCGCCCCCCACCGAGGCUUGUGCUUCAUUAAUAAUACAUCGGAGUUGGCUGGGACAGUGGGAAAGGCCCCUGGUGCCACUGACUGGCCAUGCGCCCUGGCCGGCCCCAGUUCCACCUGGUCGUCGGUGCUCAGCAAGAUUUGCUGGACAUCGGCUGUGGGCCAAGGCUGUCAUCUCUGGGUGCUGGACCAGACCCAGCCCCUGCCCUCUAGGCACGCAGCUGGACUCAGGGACAGCCAAGAAGCAGGUGAUUCCAGGCCAGUGUGACCAGGGUAGUGAGGGGGGUGGCACAGGUGCAAGCGGGGUGGGGGCAGCGUGGCAGAGGUGUGUGAGACGAUCACACGCACCCCCCCACCCCACUGGCCCCUUUCCCAUCCUCAAGAAACCAAAAGAGCCCGUCCCCCCCGCCCCGGGGUUCCUGGGACCCCCAGCCAAGAAGCAGAGUCUGCGUGGGGCCUUAGCCAUCAUCCCCCGGGGCCCCCUCCUCCUCCAGCUCCAGGCUGGGGCCAGUUUCUGCUGCCAGCCUCGAAGUGCCAGCCACUGUUUAGAAAGUGCCAAGAGCUUUCUGAUCUGUCAUCAAACAAA